CUCGCGCAAAAAACAGGUGGACUUGUUGAAACAAACCAGGAACAGCCAGGAAGUGUUUUUCCCCAUUCAAUCGAUUUAUCGGUGCUGUUAUCCUGUCGCAUCCCGUGCUGACGUGUUGACGUGUCGGGGCGCACACUCAUUCCGUCGUUUUAUGACUUUCAUCGUCAGUCGUUCGGCAUCCUCGACCCUGCACCUUCUCAAAAACUGCUGGUCACCGAUUAUCGGGAGACAACAACGCUUCGUGCAAACGUUAGACCGCGCGAAACUUAUCGCCAAGCCUCCAGGUCAGUGGCAAGGAAGAACUGCAUCAACCCUAGUUCGAACGUUCGUAACAUCCGGCGUCAGCAUGAGCAAACCAAAGGUAGUAUUUGUCCUUGGACCGCCCGGCUCUGGCAAGGGUACACAGUGUGAGAAAAUUGUGAAGGAAUUUGGCUACACGCACCUUUCCGCCGGCGAUCUGCUGCGUGAGGAACGCAACCGCGUGGGGUCGGAGUACGGGGCACUGAUCGAGGACAACAUCAAGAAUGGACGAAUCGUACCGGUGGAGAUUACCUGCGCCCUGCUGGAGAACGCCAUGAACAAAACCAAAGAGGCCACCGGUAACGAUCGAUUCCUGAUCGAUGGCUUCCCACGGAACGAGGACAACCUGCAGGGAUGGACGAGUAAGAUGUCGGACAAGGUCGAGCAGCAGUUUGUGCUGUUCUUCGAGUGUUCCGAGCAGCAGUGCACCGAGCGAUGCCUGAAGCGCGGCGAAAGCAGUGGCCGCUCGGACGAUAACGCGGAAAGUUUGAAGAAACGCUUCAACACCUACAUCAACGAUACUGUCGGCAUUAUCAAGCACUACGAGGAGCAGCAGCUGGUGAAGAAGAUUGACGCCAGCGCCGACGCGGACACGGUAUUUGAGCGUGUCAAAGCGAUUUUUGCGGAGCAGAAGUAAGAUGCCAACGGUAGCGAGGAUAGCGGCUCCCAUCCGUUUCGACGUUUGACCAUUUUGCAAAGAGCUGUUUGUUUGGUGUUCCGGAAGCAAUACGUCCUCCUCUUUUCGUUCGUUCCAAACGGCUUGGAUUUGAAAGCAACGAAGGGUUUCAACGAGACCGCCAACAUUCCUUAUAGAGUCGAUGAAGUUAAAAAACAAGCAUAACAAAAAAAUCAAUCGCUGCAACUCCCUGUCCCUGCCUUCGUUUUUUCCGUCGCAUGAACAACCACUUACUGACUACAGUAUUUAGCAGCUGUCUACGGAACACUUUGGUUUUUCGUUUUUACAACCCCUUAGUAAUAGAUGUAGAAGGAAAAAUAGUCAACGAUGGGGAAAAUUAAAGAACCCCUCACGUGUAGAGAGUAAAUGUUACUGCAUUUAUAACCGUUUUCUGCCAGCUGAUUAGAUUCCGACGCACUGAAAUGAUUCGCUAACGCCUUGCUCGAGGUGGUGGAACUGGUUCCCUUAAGUCCUUCGUAGUCAUCCCUCUGUCCUUACGGUGGCCGUUAUCUCGGUGAAUUUAAACGAAUUGAAAGAGGAUAAUAAAUACCUUAAAUGUUAACGUA